AUGGAUCCCACUAUCAACACGAUUGCUUCAUCCGAAAUGAUCCCCAUUCCAUCUGUCGCAGCCAAUCCUAGUGCCUCAAUAGCAACAGAAUCGCCCAUGGAAGUUAUCGCUCGUCUAGAGCAACGAAUUGGUGAACUGAACCUCCUGGUAACACAAUAUCAAGCUGCUUCUCAGAACUUACCACCUGAUGCUCGCCAAAAAGGGCCCAUACCACCUUUGUUUCCAACUUCAAGUGAGCUCAAUCAAGGAGAUCAUUUUACCACCUUUCAGCAAACUCAAAGUGCUCCCCUCUCUCAUCCAAAGGAUCCAACAGUAACACAUUAUGCUCCGCCAGAAUACACUUAUGUCACUACUCCACCUGUUACCAAGGCUCAGGAGUUUCACCGCCAAGAUGUUAAUCACUAUGUUGAAAUUGAAAAUGAUGCAAAAUCAAUUGAUGCUGAAAUGAUGAAUAAGAAGAUGAAAAGCUUAAAAGAUGCUAUGAGAGAGUUGUGCACAUUCCCUGAGGUUGAGCUUCCACCCGGUUACAAAAUUCCGAAGUUUAAAAAGUUCAAUGGAUCAGGAAACCCUUUCUUUCACUUCAAAAUUUACUGCGAAAAGUUGAUUGGCGUUGGAAACAACGAAGGGAUAAGAAUCAAGUUAUUCAAUCAAAGUCUGACUGGAAAAGCCUUGGAGUGGUACUCAAAGAAAGAUGUGACUAAAUGGAGUACUUGGGAUGAUCUAGCGAAUGCUUUUGUGGACCACUAUAAGUUUCAUGUUGAAAUUGCUCCUGAUAGGAUCUCUAUUACCAAGCUAAAACCAAAGUCGACUGAAUGCUUUCGAGAAUAUGUCAUUCGUUGGAGGGCAGAAGCUACUAGGGUGCACCCACCCAUGGAGGAAUCAGAAAUGAUCACCUACUUCAUUCAAGCUCAGGACUCAGAAUAUAAUGAGCGAAUGGUGACAAUGGGUGGAAAGACAUUUGCUGAAGUUAUUAAGGCUGGAGAAAUGAUUGAAGACAGUCUCAAGACUGGCCGAAUAACGAGUUACACCUUAUCUCAGUUUGCUAACAGGGCAUAUCAAACUGGUUCAUUUGGAAAGAAAAAGGAGAAAGAGGUUAUGAUGUUAACAAUUCGAGGAGCUACCUCAUAUAACCGUCAACCACCUCCAGGCUAUCCUAAUUCACAAUACUAUGUUUGCAACAAUCAAGCAACAUUUCAUCCUCCACGACCAAUGCAAAAUCAUCAAAACAAUGCACCUCAUCCCGAUUUUGAGAAAAAACCUACCCGAGUCUUCACUCCAUUGUGUGAGACACGGACUCAACUUUUCGAGAGAUUGAAAGAGGCAAGAAUACUUAAUCCAGUGGAAGCCAAGACUGUGAAUACUUCAGCCAAGUGGUAUAACCCAAAUAAGCGGUGUGCUUAUCACUCAGGAGUUAUUGGACAUGACACAGAGAAAUGUAUCACCCUCAAACACAAAAUUCAAAAUCUGAUUGACAACGAGGUGGUAAAACUUGCUCAAGCUCCACCGAAUGUGAACACCAAUCCACUACCCAAGCAUAAGGAGUAG